CUGUGGGUGUUGCUCACUUCCACGAUCAGAUAAACAGAAACAUUUGCCUUGAGGUCAACAAACUUGAAAGGGAGCGCAAAAGAAAUAGUUUUAUUUUAUUUACGGUGACAUGAUUAUUGUGCCUCACAAUGGCGAUAUGACAGUUUGUGCUGAGUGAAGUCCUUUUUUUUCCCCCUUUUAAAUGCCGGAAAAGAAAAUUGUUGGAAGCCAAAUGAAGUUUUACGAGUCCCAACUUCCUGGGGACGCCAUCCGAAUCGUAUAAAAGCCCUCUCUGCUCUCUGCAGUGCCAUCAGCUUCUGGUUGACUCUCCUAUCUUCACUACUUCACUCCGAAGCAGACUCACUUCACAACUCACCACAAUGGCCUACUGUGGACCCGCUUGUGCUGUGCCUUCCUGUGCCUCUGCCCCAGUUGUUGGCUUUGGAUCAUGUGGUUCCAGAGGUCUUGGUUGGGGUCUGGGCUCCGGUCUGGGCUAUGGCUAUGGCUCUGGUUUGGGCUACGGCUACGGCUAUGGCUUGGGCUACGGCUACCACCCUGGUGGAUGGGCUGAAUCUUCUAGAAGCCUGGGAACCCUGGCCGGAGUCAUCCCUUCCUGCAUCAACCAGAUCCCAACAUCUGAGGUGACCAUCCAGCCUCCUUCUUCUGUGGUGACCAUCCCUGGUGCCAUCCUGUCCGCCAGCUGUGAACCCGUCGCUGUUGGAGGCAACACCCCAUGUGCCGUUGGUGGUUCUGGGCUGAGAGGCAGCUGGGGCUAUGGAGGUCUUGGCUUCAGGGGUUACGGAGGUCUUCUUGGGAAAAGGUACCCAUGGAACCGUAGAGGAAGCAUCUGUCUGAGCCGUCGUGGUAGCAUCUGCCUGUAAAUGGAUGACAUUGGCAUCGAAGACCCCCCUUUGAUACUACAACGGUUUUGGACUCACUCCUCUUGUUGGUUUCGCCCACCUUUGCUUUAAAAUGCUCAGGUUCCCACCCCCUUUGCAUAUAUAUAUAUAUAUAUGUUAUAUAUAAAACAUACCUUCACCAGCUCUUGCGUGUCUCUUAAUGUAGCUUCUCUCUGUUUUCCAAUAAAAUGAAAUGUGAAUCAUUUGAA